CUUUGGCUUUUCCGCUAGUCGGCUUCAACGAAGGCGGCCGUUUUCUCUCUCUUUGUUUUGUGCGGGUUUGUGGGGUGGUUCGGUGUACUCUCUCCAUGACGGAGCAUGAGGGAUCGGGUAGGAGUGAAGCUAUGGAAUCCAUCAUCAGCCGGUAUGACAACUUGGUUAUUGGAGAAGAGAAGAACGAACAGGUCUUUGAGGAAGGAGAUGACAGAGAAGAGGCAGACAAUGAAGGGAAGGCAUGUGACGAUGUAGUUGCUUUGGGCAAGCCAAAAACGGAGGAGAGGCGGGUGCUGGAUACUAGACCCGCUGAGGUUUCUGAGAAACAUUAUGGCAAGGCGAGACAGCUUGAACUUCUCGUGGUUCUGGGACGCACACGAGUGAGGACAAAGUAUGCGGUGAGGCUUGUGGUAGUUUGUGAGGAUAGUACUAGAGGUUUGGAUGACAUUCAGGAGUAAUUACUUUGGAUCCUGCGGAGCCGGGUGUUACAUAAUCUUAGCGGGAUGAAGGAAGUAACGAUUUCUACUUAAAUUAAACACUUUUUGUUGUAUUUUCUCUUUUUAUAAUAUGUGUUCUGAUAAAUGUUAACAUCCUUGAUUUAGAUGAAUUCCGAACACAUGACUUCCUCCUUGGGAGUGUCACUGUGACACAAUCAAAUUGUUUGACUUCAAAUUAA